CUCCGACACUUUUAUGCUUUUAUUUUUUUUUUCCUGUUUUACAUGUUAUUUUGUUAUUAGUUUCAGGUGACGGGAUGCCUAUCUCACUUUUUAAACUUCUAUUUAUUUGGACGCUAUUUUGUUGCAAUUUUCAUGCACGUUCUGAAUAAAAGGCAACAUAUGCAGAUGUGUAAGAUAAAACAACAAAGCCUUAAAAACAAUAUCAAGAAAGCAAAAAUUAAAUCAGUAUUUGCUUAAGUCUGAUUCAAACUUUUUCCAUCACAUUCAGAUUUCUUUUUGAUGAGAUUGUGAAGAUACUCUUCAGCUCCCUGAGUGGAUCAUUCUUAAAUUAUUUAAUAAUUUACCUGGGUCCUCUCAAAAUAUGCAUUCUAAUUUCCUCCUCAAAAUUAACAUGGCUUCCUUAAUCCUCCUCAAUCCCUAAUCUGUGCUGCUACACGAGCGACCUCGUGUGGCCAGUUAGGAUAAACUCGAAAGUACCAGCAACUGUCCCUUAUUGCAGUGUGUGCUCACAACUGUACUAAUCUGUUUCAGUAAAUAGACUGGAAGCAUUUAAAUACAUAAUCUAUUCAUAACCCAAUAAUUUUAUAACAUAGUUCCUGUGUUGUCUGAAAAAAUCAUUUUAUAUGAUUAUUUUCCAGGUUGAGUAAGAAGUAUGAAAAAUAAAGUUUUAAAAAUAUUAAAAUAUUUUAAAAAAUAUUUGAAUUUACAGACUUUAUUUGUCAUCUCAUCUGUCCAUCUGGAAUGUCUUCAAUUAAUCAAUAAUAAUCCAAAGUUCUUACAUUUUAAAUCUACUAAAAAAGGACUGAAUAUUUGAGUCUGGAAAAGAAUUGACUUGGGUAAUAUGUUGGAGCCCUGUAGUAAACCUUCUAAUGUUUUCCCUUUUGGAUGAAAUAAAUUCAUUUCUGAUGUUCUGUACAUUUUGAAGGUAAGGUAAGGUAAUUUUAUUUAUAUAGCACAUUUUCAGCAACAAGGCAAUUCAAAGUGCUUCACAUGAAUUAAAAGGAAAUACCAACAAAAGCUUUAGUUAAACUUUUUUUUAACUUAAAUGUUUGCUUCUAAGUAAACAAUCACACCUUUAGGAUGUUUAUUUACCAGACUGUUGUAAAGUGCAUGUGUGUACUCUACUGCAGAACAAACUUCCCUCCACUUUACAGCCCGCCCUCCCGUGCUCCAUAGGAGACCACAUUUAAAAUGAAACCCCACCUGAAAUCUCCCAGAGACCAAUCCGCUAGAGAAAGGUCAGCGCCGACGGCACACCCUCCGUUGUUCGAAGCCAAUCAGAGUGGAAGGGCAGCAUUUUGCCUGAGGGUAAAACUUACCCCUGGAUGUGUUAAUUACGCAUCACUAAGCUGUUGCCAAUGUGUUCACAACCGUGGACUAUCUUUUGGGCUUUUUGCAGCGGUUGUCUUCAUUCUUUAGUCAGUUUAGUAUGGAAAGUAGACAACAAUGGCUUACCAGGCUGAAAAAUGAACUUAGCAACAGUCCGCUGGUAUCAAAUGUGGCUUUUGGAUUCAUCCUCAUGGGACUAGAGAAGCUCGUGGAGCUGGAGUUUGAGUGUCCUUGCAACCCUACGUGGAAUGGAGCGUUUUCAUCAGCAUUCUUCAUCAUUCCUGCUGUCAUGGCCUUCACCUUGAUGCAGAUCAUCCAGGGAUGCAGGUGCAACGUGUGGUGCAGGAAAAUGGUUUCCCUCUCUAGUUUCGUUCCUGCUGUCGUUUGGCUGAUCUUGUUGUUCCUGGACGGCCAGUACUUUGCCUGUGCUAUGACAGAUUGGGAUGGAAGAUUUGUCCUUGUUGACAAGGCAGCUCCGCAGAAGUGGUGUGAGCCAGUUACAGAGGGAGACGUCACCUCACAAGAAUUAAUGCUCCGCUCACAGCGGUUGUUUGUGUUUUCUCAGGUAAUAGGAAUAAUCCUCCUCAUUUUCAUCUGUGCGGGUCUGGUAGUGUAUGUAAUCAGAGAAAGCUGCCAACAGGAGGUGGAGAUGCAAGAUGCAGAUGUGGCUGAGCUCACCGUGCUCAGGAUGAGCUCUCUACGGACCAGAACAUCAUGAGUGGACCUACUCUGUCCUACACAGACACUUUGUAAAUACCACAAAAAGACUUGACGGGACAUUUUUUUAAUCCCCCACCCCCCCUCUCCAGGAUAUUUUGGGGCAUUUAAGAGAUGUUUGAAAAUCUGUCUGAAAAUUCUCCAUCAGGUCAUAGUGAUGUAAGUGUUUCAACAUUUGACAAAUGGACUUCUUCUCUUGUUUUUUUUUUCCUUGAAAAAUUCCUCAAAAGUAAAUGUGUGUCGAAUGAUCACAGGUGUCACCAUGUACAAUGUUCAAAGGAAAAUUGUGUGUUUUUUGUAUAAGUAUUGAGGAAUGAGUAUAUAUAACUGUCCUCUCUUGGUGCUUCCUCACCUGGGUCACCAGUGCAGCAAUUUCAUUCCUAAUCAAGGUGUGGGUUAAUAUUUUUUUAAAUGUCUGGUAUUUUCUUUUUUCUUUGUUUUAUUGCUACAGUUGAGAUGAGACUAAAUAUGUUUGAUCAGGUAAGAAUAAAUAAUAAUAACAAAUUGAUCUAAUUUCAGCGCCUUGUAAAAGUAUUCGCACCCAGUAAACAUUUUCACAUUUUGUCACAAAGUGACUGCAACAUUCAGUGUAUUUCCUUUGGAUUUUAUACGAUAGAACAAAACAAAGUAGCUUGUAAAUAUGAAGUAGAAGGAAGAGGAAAAAAACAACAAAAAAUCUGAGAAGUCUACUGCAUAUUUGUAUUCAGCUGACCUGAUUGUUUUACAUCUAGACUUAACUGCAUCACUGUUUGUACUAGAAACAAAGUCUUCCAACAGAAUGAUGAUGUCAUAUUCAGCAAUUGUGGAUAUUGUUUUAUCACCGAGCCCUCUCCAAACUUCUACACAACUAACUUGUCUUCUGUGGUAAUUGGUCUUCCUGAUUAUUAUUCUCUGACCAACCUCUGAGGUCUUUACAGAAUUUACAUUGAAAUUAAGUUUCUCAAAGUCAGAGUCUAAUAAAAGUCCCAUAUCAGGUGACUUGCAUACCAGGUGGGGUGGAUUUCUUUCAGGCAACAUAGUAUUUGAGGUUUAAUACAAAUUCAUACCACACUUCAAAUAGAUUUUUAUUUAUUUAUUGUUUAUUUUAUUUACUCAUAAAUCUGGUAUCCUUUUUCACUUUACAUUUCUGUGGUAGUCCGUGUUGAGACAGAAAAAUAAAAUUCAGUACAAUAAUUGAAGUUUAUAGUUAUGAAUUAUGAAGCACAACUACAAGUACCUUUGAAAAACACUGUAAUUAUAAAUCACAGAAAAUGUUGGAAAUAGUUAGAUUUGUUAAAAACAGUAACUGGUUUGUCUACAACAAGUUUGUUUUCUUAAACUGCUUCCUGGUUACAAGCAUGAAUAAAGUGAGAAUGAAUAUCACGCUUUUCUAAAAAUAAUAUAUACAUAUAUAUAUAUUUUUGAAAAA